GAUGUCACGAGCGGUUGCUGCGCAGUUCGUCAGAUUUUGCUAACUGGAGGCCCAGAAGCAGCUACGCAAAAUAUUGCCGAUUAAACCAAAGCAUCCUGCAAAAACACAUUUUUUCUUUUAAUUUUGAAUGACCUAAAUAGACGUGUGUCUAUCGCAUGCAUGCAUGCGCUUUAUUAGCGACCACAUUACGCAAAUUGAGCAGCUUUAGCGUCAGCAAGUCAAGCUGUCAUAGCAUGGCUAGCAUGCUAACAUUAUAACAGAGUACAUUCGACCGACGUAAAGUGAUCCAAACGACGAGAAAUAAACGCAAACGGCUGUGACUUCAAUCAAGUACACCAGGAGGAGAAAGUGGAUAAUUGCAGUUUUGACAAGAGAGGAAUGAGUCAUGACCUCAAUGGUGAUUGUAGAUGGUGGAGGGAAUAUAUUGGAGUAUGUUGCUGGAGAUGAUGAGGCACAGCAGGAGGUUUGCAAUGAUGGAGCAGAGACUGAUGGAGACAAGGAUUGUCCUGCAGUAAUAGUGGAGCAGGUGAAUAGUGCAGACGUAGAGCAGUGCUAUGCUGCUCAGGUCUUAGUUUAUGAUGAUCAGAAUACCUAUUUGGUCCAAGAUGUGGCAGAAGAACAGGUUGUGGAGACUGAGUUGCAAGAGAUAGCAGCAGUGGAAGUCUCAGUACAUGAUAAAACUAUUGAAGCAGCCGAAGCACUGCUGCACAUGGAUUCACCGGCCAGUCUGCAGGGGGAUCGCAAUGCAGAAGAGCUUUUUUCUGAGGUUGAAGUAGAGGUGAGAACCGAGGAUAUAGGGUCAGUUUCUAAGGACAUUGUUGUUCUACAGGACACAGAUUUACUGAAGAAAAAGAAAAGAGGACGAAAACCCAGAACUCCAAGAAACGGCUGUGAUGGUUCAUUGGAUCUGGUCUAUAAGAGGAAAUCAAGAGACAGCAAGGGCUCAACUACUUACCUAUGGGAGUUCUUGUUGGACCUCCUGCAGGAUAAGGAAACCUGUCCAAAAUACAUUAAAUGGACUCAGAAAGAGAAGGGAAUAUUCAAGCUUGUGGAUUCCAAAGCAGUAUCUAAAUUAUGGGGCAGACAUAAAAAUAAACCUGACAUGAACUAUGAGACGAUGGGGAGAGCACUCAGGUAUUACUAUCAGCGGGGCAUUUUAGCAAAAGUUGAAGGCCAAAGACUUGUGUACCAGUUUAAAGAGAUGCCCAAAGACAUCGUCUUUAUAGAUGACGACGACGACAUGGAUAACAGCAUUGACGAGGGAAAGAAAGAAACCCCAGCUGCAGCCAACCGCAGCAAUCUGAAGGGCAAAAGGGUGGUGAUCUCUUCCUCUGCUGCUGCUGUGCCUAAAAUCAUCAAUCUUACAACCUCAGGACAAGAUGCCUUUAUGACCCUGCAGCAGUCGUCGGGCAACACAACAACAGCCCCUGGGACGAUGAGGUUGGCCAUGCAGGUCCCUUAUCUCAUGACAACAUCACAGGGUCAGAAAAUCUCCACAGCAAAUUUAAACUCUGUCCGUCCUACGAUUCUCCCGGCUUCCAGCUCGAUCGCAGGAGGCAACAACGCAGGCAAAGUGUUUCUCCAGGCCGUGCCGACGCUAGUGCCAGCUCAGGGCCAAAGCGGCGAGAGAAUCACCUUGCAGUUCAUCACCCUUCCUACCGUACCUGGCAAAGCCGGCACUCCAAUCACUCUGAGCACUCUCUCCCCGGUUACCGUGCCAACCACCAACACCCAAGUCCUGAAGCUCGCCAUCCCCUCUAACAUCACCACAUCUGCAGCCUCAGCUCCAGUUACCGUGGUAACCACGCAACCAGGGGUGACCGUGGUGCCGAACGUACAGCCUGCGAUGUCUCUACAGGAUGUGACUGUUGUAAAGGUCGAGAGUCCUGAAGUUUCGGUGACUAAGACAGACAGUUCUGCAAUGACAAACCCCACAAACACACAGAGCUGAGUAAAGGUUCACUUCCUGACAAAUCCAACAACGGCACUUGUGAUGCAGAUGACGGUAAUGCAGGUGAUGUGACGAAUGACAGUCAUGGUCUUGGAAUGGUGGCUGUGUCUUAUGUGAAAUGGAUUAAACCAGCACUACAGCUCAGACAGUCGUUCACACCCAAACACUAUUACCACCAUCCCCGGGUUAGAUAUCAGAACGCUUCUUUAUUUCUUCCCCCACAUUAAUCUAUUCAAAUCAUACUUUGUUAUGGCAAAAACAUCUAUGCUGUAGGAAUGAACUUCACUUGGUGCUAAAGAUUGAAAGUCACAUUGGUGAAGAGACGCAGGCAGCAGAGAUGCUUGUUUUCACCUGCUUACCUGGCUAAAAAUCUGUGCAUAAAUUUACCAUUGUGGUAGUGAAUGAUGAAACAAGCAGCCUUGGGUCACCUUUUUCUUUCUAAUGAAUAAUAUAAAUCAAUUUUGCUUUUCUGUAAAUAUAUAUUUGUUAUUUUGUACCAGGAAGUGUUGUUUUUUUUACAGUUUGGAAGAAACUGUUUUCAGAAGGACAUUUACAUCUUUUUUGUCAUUUCAGUCUUGUUAAAAUAAUUUUCUCUUUCUGUAUGUUAUCUAUUGUGUUUUUCUAUAACUUUCAUUCACUGCUUUGUACUUUGCAGAUCACUUUUGUUUAUCGUACAUGUACAAAAGGGAAAGAAAAUGUCCAAAAACAUUAUAUUGAAUAUUCAAUAUAUGAAGCAUAUAUUUUGUCGUAUUCCAAUGCUAAAAUAUAUCCAAGUAGAUUUAAAUAUACAGAACAAAUUAUGCAAACGAAUGGUUUUAACAAGCUUUGUUUCAUUUUGUGUACAAAACGUGCUUUUGUUAACUGAUCUUUAUGACCCUGUAAAGUUUUUUUCUAUAAGGUCACAUUCCUAUAUGACCUGAGUUAGGACUGUCAAUAGUGUGACUAGAUACUUUUAGUUUUACCUUUGAUAAUAAAGUCACGUAAGUGCGAUUUUUCUUUUUUUUUUUUGUCAGUUUUAAGACUACUGUGACACAAAAUAAGAAUCUGAAUAUAACUGUCCCUAAAAAUACAGUGUAAUGUUCUUUGAGAGACCUUAUUAUCUGUGACGCAUAUGUAUGAUUUGCCAGAUCUCUUAAUAUGUGGUGCAAUGUCGAAAACAAAGCUUCACUUCACAGUUCUGCAGUUGGCUCAGAUGGUUUGAGGCCAGAAUAGAUUCAAUUUGUAGGAUAUUUGCAUCAAGAUCACAAGAUUUAAUGAGAGUUCACCAAAAAGGAAAAUUGUGUUAUUUACUCGCCCUCAUGUUGGUCUAAACCUGUUUAAGUUUCUUUAUUCUGUUGAACACACAAAAAAUAAACAAUAUUUUGAUCAUAGAUGGAAAGCACGCAGUAAGUUGAUAGUACCAAUUGACUUCCAUAGUAUUUGUUUUUCCUACUGUGGAAGUCAGUGGGUACCUUUGUGAUUAUCAUUAUAUCAAAAUAUCAUAUUUUGUGUUGAAAUGACAGAAGUUCACAAAAAAAGAAAAGAUCUCUUUGAUCUAUAGAAGAGUCUUAGAAAGAAGUAAAUAUGUUCAAAAAAAAUUUUUGUGUGGACUACCCUAAAUUUUAACUUUUUUAGUCAAAUACUUAGUUAAAACUCAAUAAUUGCAAUUUAGAUGCUUAUUUUUUUUCCAUCCAAUGUAUAAUUGUGGCUCAUAUAAAACUUUUGAACUGCAUUGUCAGGGGACUUUGUAAAUUUGUAGUCUGACCACAUCAGGGUGGUAGAGUUUACAGGGUAGCGUUGCAUUUAAUAUCCUCUCGAAGAAAGUGAAGCAGCAAGUUCAAUUUAAUGUGGACCUCAUUCUUGAAAUUCUCUCAGGCAUUUGUUUUGUAUGCAAUCUGUCAAAUUGUACUCAUUUCCUAUGAAUACAUUAUUUAAGGACAAUUCAUGAUUGAGAGAUGUAAUACUGCCCUACAAUGGCAAAAGACCUUAACUCGCUAGAGUGUGAAACUGAGAAAAAUGACUUUAAAGUUUAGACUUAUAGUGAGUUUCAGUUGUCAGUUAAUUUCUUCAUUUUUAUUUUCUCGAAAAACACAAAAUUGACUCAAAAUACUAAUGCAAAUAAUAAAGGAGGUCUUGAAUGUCUCAAAAAUAUCAAUAAGUAAUUUUUGACCAAAAACGAAGUUACUGCCUUUUGCCUUUGUAGGGCAGAAUAGCUCAGUACUGGUAGAAUAUUUCCUAGGCAGGAUGUGUAACUAAAAUUGUCUGAACCUUCAAUCUGUACAUAUUUGAAAUAAAUUACAUUUUGUCCCUUUGCA